CCCGGUACGCCGCUUGAUCUCUACACAAUGCUUGUCAGCGCAGGCGCUCGGCGCUCCGGUGCCGCUGCCGGUGCGGUAAUAAGGUCAACCCUCCAUAGACCACUACACUCUCAGAGACAGUUCUCUUCUUUCAUAGCGGCCCGGAAUUCCCAGUCACAAUGGCGGCGGGCUGCACGAAACAACUCUGCCUUCCGUGGACGGAGCCAACCGUCUGGUUACCCGUCUUUGAUCUCUUCUCCUCGCUUCAUCUCUUCCUCUUCCUCCGCCGCGACCGUGACCAGUGCAACCCCAGAGACACCUGUAGAUAACGGUGUUCAGACAAUUGAGGCUUUAUCGGACGGCAGUAAUCCCGCGCUAGAUCUUUCCCAGGUCCCAGCGAAACUAGGAUAUCUCAAAGAACUUGGGUUAGACUAUGGCUUUGGGCCAUCGUCAUUGAUCGAAACGUUACUUGAGUCCAUACAUAUCUAUGCUGGGUUACCGUGGUGGGGAAGUACGAUUGCUGCAGCUGUAUUUAUCCGCGUUGCGCUUUUUAAAUUCAAUCUCAACGCCUCCGACAUGUCUGCAAAGCUCCGACGGAUGCAACCUAUCACCAAACCCCUUCAGGAACGCAUGUUGAAAGCUGUGCGGGAAGGAAAUAAUCUCGAAGGUUUGAAACUAAAACAGGAAAUGGCUAUGAUACGUGAACAGCAUGGCGUGAAGAUGUGGAAAACCUUUGUUCCAAUGUUACAAAUCCCUCUGGGUUUUGGAUUUUUUAGAGUUCUGCGAGGAAUGUCCUCGUUGCCAGUACCAGGACUGCUGUCCGAGCAAUUCCUGUGGCUUAACGAUAUAACGCUCUCCGAUCCUUUUUUUAUCCUCCCUUUGGUUACCGGGGGUUCAAUGUACUUUGCUAUCAAGCGCGGCGGCGAGACAGGCAUGGACUUUGCCAAUUCUCCGCUUGGAAAAUUUAUGUUAUACGGGCUGCCCGUCAUUUCGACCACUGCUAUGAGUUUCUGGCCCGCUGUCCUACAGCUCUACUUCGCCAGCACCAGUUUGCUCGCUCUUAUUCAAGCCUAUCUGGUGACUUCUCCUGGUUUUCGUAAACUCGCUGGCGUUGAGCCUCUUCCGUCGAAAGCUAAACCCGUAGGUCCCAACGAACCUGGGGCUAGUGGGGCGUCUGGUCGAAUUCGCGUUAUCCCAACCACGGCACGGGUGGUGCCAGAGGCACGACAGAACCCUGAACAGCAGGUUUACUCGCCCCGGAAGGUCGGCGUUAUCGAUCGUACUCUCGAUAACGUGAAGCAGGGGUUCCGUGACGUGCAGAAACAGGUGCAGGAAAAGAUGGACGAAAUGGCAGGCGACAAGACAGAGAAAAACCCCGACGGAACGCCAAAGGCACCGCCACGGCUCUCUAAACAGGAACUUGAGAAUGCUGCGGCAUACGAGAAGCGACGAAGGGAGCAACUUGAAAUGGAGCGAGAAUUGAGAAAUCAGAGCCUGCGAGAAGAAUAUAUGAGGAAGAAGCAGAACAUACAGUGAAGCAGAAAGAUAAGAGCUUUUCACUUGGUGUUAUUUUAUAUUUACUGGCUUCUUGCAUCGAAUUUUCGGCGAAAGAGUGUAUAUAUGUACCAGGUUUGGAUGGGGAAUGUUUCUGCUGCUUUUUUUGUACUACUAUUUCUUAUUGUCAUCCCUCAUUAGCCGAGACUUGUCCUUCUACCUAUAUGUUAACUCCCUGGAGAUUUUGGCUUUGCGGGCUUUGCUGUCUUUACAACUAGAUUCCUGAUUAUGCUGGAAAGUUCAGGGAAGACGGGUUCUUAGAUCAUUGAAG